AUGAAUCUUCAAGUGAGGAAACACGCAGCUGCACUGGAGGAUAUCUCCUCACUGGAGAAAGUAGUGAGGGAACUCCAACAAAAAGAAGGGCUGGAAAUGAUGAAAAUUGAGGAUCCUAUAGGCCUAUUAUUAGGUCAAAAGCGGAUGGAGUUUGUUCAGAUGGAGAACCUCACUCAGAGGAUGAGACAGCUGGAGAGAGAAAACCAGCGUCUCAAACAGGACAUGGAGACAAGGAAGGAGACAGAACGUGUCCAUCAGUCAGACAUGUUGAAGCUGGAGAGAGAAAACCAGCAUCUCCAACAAGACAUGGAGACAAGGAGGGAGGUGGAACGCGUCCAUCAAUCAAACAUGUUGGAGCUGGAAAGGAGGAUGAACAUGUUGGAGCAGGUAUCUGGACAGCAGAUAACCUCACUUCACUCCAUUAAUGAGGAGAUGUCUCAGAGGUUGAGACAAUUGGAGACAGGGAACCUCAUUAUGAAUCAGGAGAUGAAGGCCUUCAAGGAAAAGGAACUGAAAAUGAAUAUCAAAAUGAUAGAACAACAUUUCUUGAGCCAACAAGGAAUUGCAUCCUAUCAGAAGAUGAACGGGAAACUUCUUCAAAGGAUUAGAAAACUGGAGGCCGAAAACUGGAUGCAGAAACAAGAAAGGGCACUGGAGAUUAAAAUCAAAAUGAAAGAAAAACAGUUGACUCAACAGCAAAUUGCAUCCUUGCAGAAGAUAAAUGACAAACUGUGCCAAAGGAUGAGCAAACUGGAGAUGGAGAACUGGUGGCACAAACAACAGAUGGAUUCUUGGAGGGCAAGAGAACUCCAAGAGAGAGAGAUGACAAAAUGUAACAAAAUGAAGGAGCUGGAGAUGAACAGCAGGAUGACGGAACAGCUACUGCAGUGUCAACAGCAGGUUGAAUCAUUGAAGACCAUGAAUGAGACAUUCCUUCAAAAGAUUAGAGAACUAGAGACAGAUAGCCGGACACAAAAAAAGGAAAUGGAGACUUUGAAGGCAAAGGAACGACAGGAUAGACGGACAGAGGAACAACAUAAAGUGCUGGACACCGAAGUUCAUAUGAACUUGCUGAAAGACAAACUUAACAUGCAUGGUGACCCACAGCAAAAUGGCAGACAGAUGGAUAAAAAGUGGCAGGGCUUUGCCAGUGAGACAGACAAAAUCACUGAGGACGAGCAAAGCCAUGGAGAUGGAGGAGGAAAAACCUGUCAGCUUUUGGCCAUGGAAGAGACAGCUCGACCAAACGCAGAGAACACUCUCCUCAAGUCACCUGUACAUGGAGAUCACUCCUCUGCCAUUGUGGGAAAUGUGACAGCAAAGUCAUUGCCAUCCUUGCAAGACGGGGGCAAAAAUCAGCCAAAUGAUGGUUCAGAGGCAGCAAUGGAGACCUCAGUGAAGCGGAAGAAAAAGACCAACAGACAAAAGGCCACUGACAAAAGGAAAGAGAAAGCAGUACAACAACUGGAGAUGGACAGGCAGAAAACAGAGAAAGAGAAAGAGAUGAGGGAUGAGGCAAGAAAGAAAGCAACACUGAUUCAGAGACUGGAGGAGGAGAGACUGAAGGCUUUGGCAGAAGUGGCAGCAAUGAUGAAAAAAGUUGUUCUGAAGUAG